GAUCACUUCAAACAGUUCAAACAAAUGAAAAAACAAAAACUAAAAAGGUGAAAAAACAUAAAAUUAAAACCGAUUAAAACAAAAAACUUCAGAUACCUACUUAUAGUACCUACCUCCUAAUGGUAAUCAGCUCUGAAAUUGGAAAUUUUGGAAACCACUGUUUUUUGUUUACAAAUUUCCCUCCAAAAAUCAAAAAUGGCGUCAUUUUUCCGGUAAAUAGGUUCAUUUGACUCAUUGUUCAUUACGUGAUUGAUUUUAUUAAUUAAAUUAUAAUUAAAUUUCGUCAAAUUAAUCCAAUUUAAUAUCAAAUCCCUGUGAAAUUAAUCGUACUGAACAAUUCACGACAUAAAUAUUGCAACGAAACGAUUCGCCAGUAAGUACGAGUAUGAAGAACAUUUUUUGCAAUUUCGUUUAAAGUUGAAUAUCCUCGAAUGUGUAAAAAUAACAUCGUCCCAAUGCAGUUCCAUAUCCAGGAGGAGAAGUUCAUACAUCGAGUUCGAGUUCCGGAAAAACACACCGAAGUUUUCAUCGAAGGUGGCGAAAAUCAUUAAUUAUCUUCACCCUUCAUCGAUGUAUGUAUGUAUUUGAUAACUCGACGUUUGAACUAUAUUGCCUUGUAUGUGGUAAAUAUUUAUGCCUAUGCUGUUGUGGAUCGAAUGUUCUGAUAAAGAAGAUGAUUGCAUCGAGAUUCACAGUUCGGAUAAGAUAAGCUUUUGUGUAGCUUGAAUGCUGUGGAGUGAAUCAUCGUGGGUUUUAUACUUGAUACGUAGACAAAAGAAGAAUGAAUCAACCUGCCUAUAGCCAGUAUCGCAUUCGAAGCAACCUUUCACAAAAGAAGCGAGAAGAAUCCCUAGACAAGUAGACAUUUGACUCUCAUCGACUCAUUCACAUAACAAUGAUAAUAAUAGAAUCACCUUCGUAACACGUUGAAACAUUCCUUUCAUACUUCAGUUCGCACACACACGGAAUUAUGUCACACCAUUGAAUAAUUACGCCUAAUCCGCGUACGUUCUUCACCCUCUCAUCUGUUUUAUUGGACACGAUAACGAUAAUCGGCUACGUACGUAUUCCUGGUCGUCGACGAAGGCUAAUGUUUACACCAUCGAGCAUCGAAAAAGGAAAACGCACCACCGUCGUUGGCUCGGAGCGUAAUUACCCCGGAACGGAGACGUUCAACGUACAGUUGGAGUAAUUGCGUUAAAUUCCACAUCGUCGUUGUCGGUGAUUACACUUCAAUCAAACAUUGCACGAGAGUGUUCUUUUUUCGGCCAAAUUAAAAAAGACAGGCGAGUUCGCGCACUCGUAUUAUUAAUUUACCGAGCUUUUUCUUUCACAAUUUUUUUUUUCAUGUUCGUAUAGCUUAAUGUGGGUAUUUUUCGCGAUCGUGUUGGAAAAACUAGGUCGUCCGAGGAAUGGCUAGCGUAGCUGUAUUCAACGGCGAACGGCGAGCGACGUAAUACGAGUAUAGUUUGUUGCACGAACCGAGCAACACUUGCGGCUCACAACAUCUACAUCAAGAUGCCCUAAAUAUGCUUCAUAUAUGAGUCCAGUGCGAACUGCUAAGAUUUAUCCGACGACGGGUUCAACUUUAACCCUUUUUGCACUACGGUUUACGGUACGUUUUGUCGAGUCAGCGAUACGGAAACGAUUAGCAUAAAGUGAGUGCAAAUUACCUACUAGCCACUUGUCAGCUCAAGGAUGCUGAUAUCGGGGUAAUUUUUUCAGUCAUAGAUGAUUUACGCGCAACGAAGUAAUUUUUAAUUGACCGAGUUAAUUGAAUGUGUUCGUCGAGUGUUGGAAAAAUUAGCUAACGUUUGUGUACGAGAUAUUCGGUGAUUUUUUUUUUGUAUCGGUCGUGUUGGUGAAUUGGUGGAAGAAUCGAAUUUCGAAUGCUGUAUUUGUGCUUCGAUUGGAAACAAGAAUUCGCUUUCGAAGAUUUAGUAUUGAAUUAAUUCUCGGUUCUCUUGAUGAUUUUUGGACCUGAAUCGAAUAAAAAAUGGUACAAGAGAAAGAUGCAAAAUCAGACGCCGGCUACUUCAUCAGCAGUUUCUCGUAUUGUCCACGUCCAUCGUAUUGCCAACAAUCAUCAUUCCUGCCUCAAAUAUGCCCGAGAACGAAUAACGAUGGGUUUCAUCAUAUGGCCAGAUUAAUGGAUUCGUUGAUCCUAGAUUCGCUGUCACCUUUCUCGCUGACUAAAAUCAGUCCAGUCAAGUCGUCGACGAAAACUGCCACGUUCGCGAAAAAAAUGCAAGCCAAGCCGGAACCUGUCAAGGUGUUUCACAAUUUCACUCAGCAGACGUCUCCGGUGCAUCGUCAAAGCCCUAAAACAGCCGUUGAAAGUCGAACCAUUCAUGGAAAUCUCGAUCCAGCCAAGAAGACACAUCAUGGAUCUGCAGAUUCGGUAGCUGAACGAUGGGCAGCGACGUUAAGGAGGCGAGAUCCCGAGAUACAACCUAUUUUUCCAUCUUUAGCUGGUACUAGGAAUAGAUCAUGUUCGCAUCCGAGCGCCAUCGGAGGUAAACCUUCGGCUAUUCCAUUCAGCCGUAAAAAUCGCCGAUUCAAUUUCCGACCGGUUGUGAAAAAAGCAAUGAACUUGAAUACAAAUCUCAGCAAUGGCAUCAAUGGCAAUGGCAAUAACAACAAUACCACUACCACUACCAAUGGCAAUGGCAAUGGCAAUGGCAGUGUCAAUGGCAAUACCAAUCAGCACCACAAUCACCACCACCAUCAUCAGCAUCAUCAAGAUACUCGUAAAAAACACGACUGUCUGCAUAAAUACAGCAGCAUCGAUGACGAUACUUCGAGUCGAGGCGGCAGUAGCGAAAAAGAAGAGAAAAUCUUCAGCCCGGCGGGCUACGAGCCUCAUCUGGUUGAGUCUUUGGAACGUGAUAUUUUGCUGAGGAAUCCGAAUGUGCAAUGGAAUAAAGUAGCCGGUUUGAACGAGGCGAAAUCCAUUUUACAAGAAGCUAUGGUUCUGCCGAUCAUAAUGCCUGAUUUUUUCAAGGGUAUACGAAGGCCUUGGAAAGGUGUACUUAUGAUAGGACCUCCAGGUACUGGAAAGACAAUGCUGGCCAAGGCGGUAGCUACCGAAUGCGGUACGACGUUUUUCAACGUAUCGUCAUCUACGUUAACUUCCAAGUACAGAGGAGAGUCGGAGAAACUAGUCAGAUUAUUGUUCGAAAUGGCGAAAUUUUACGCGCCUUCUACGAUCUUCAUCGACGAAAUCGAUUCGCUGUGUUCUCAAAGAGGCUCCGAUUCCGAACACGAGGCAUCCAGAAGGUUUAAAGCUGAACUGCUCAUACAUAUGGAUGGUUUAGUCUCUUCUGCAGAUGAUCACGUGAUUAUGGUAUUGGCAGCCACCAAUCAUCCUUGGGAUAUUGACGAAGCAUUCAGAAGACGAUUCGAAAAACGUGUUUUUAUUCCAUUACCGAAUAAGGAAACAAGAAUUUCGUUAUUGAAAAUAUGCAUGGAAGGAACGAAACUAGACGACGACUUCGAUUUUCAAAAAAUAUCCGAACUUUUGGACGGCUACACAGGCUCCGAUAUCGCCAACGUCUGCAGAGACGCGGCCAUGAUGUGCAUGAGGAAAAAAAUCCGUGGCCAGACUCCUCUGCAAAUUAAACAAAUUAAAAAAGCGGAUAUCGAUCUUCCGGUGACGACGGUCGAUUUCACCGACGCCAUUUCUCGCUGCAAGAGGAGCGUUUCAGCCGCCGAUAUGAACCGAUAUCAAACCUGGACCGAAGAAUUCGGAUCUUUUUGAGAAAAAAAAUCAAAUUAAUCAAUCAAACCUCCUCCUCGUUUUUCUUUUCUUCUUUUUGUAUCAUUCACGUAAUAAAAAUUUCUAUACGUGU